AUGAAGUCCUUCCUCGUCCCCGUUGCAGUUCUUGCUGCCACUGUCUCCGCACAGACUACUACCACUUCGGCCGCUGCUGGCACUUCCACCUGCGCCGCCCAGAACAUCCUUGAGCAGUGUCUCCAAACCACCGAGGCCUACCUGGCCCUCUGUGAUUCCAAUGACUACAGCUGCCUGUGCGACAAGUACAUUGCCAUCAUGACUUGCUUCACCAACUGCCCCAAUGACCCGAGGGCUUCGAGCUACGGAUCAACAAAGCAACAGUACUGCAUGAACGCCUCCCUGUACGGAAGCACCACUACCCUCAAGGCAACCGGUUCAAAGAGCGCGAGCGCUGCCGACGCCACAGCGACAGCAGAGUCCACCGGCUCCAGCUCAUCGGGAGACUCGGGAGACUCUUCGGACAGCUCAUCGGGCAGCAGCGCCACCAGCAAGGGCUCAACCACCAAGUCAUCCACCGCAUCCAUCCAGACCGGCGGUGCUGCCGAGUACGCCCCAGGCAUGAUGGCCGCUGUCGCUGGUGUCUUUGCUGCCCUGCUGUAA